UCGGAGUAGCAGAAAGUUCGGUCGGAUGGAAAUGCUUUCAACCGAGAGCCGGCCGAACCAAAGUACGAAAUGUCACAUAUAGGACGUGCUCUUGGAAAUUCCAGGUAGGAUAGCGAGAAAGAGUUAAUAUUAGAAUUCUAAAAUAUCCAGCCGUUGGUAUGCUAUGGAUGGACAAGAAGAGCCUGCGCAUCACUGAAAAGUCGGAACUGUCACUCGAUUUGCUCUGCUGUCUCUCGUUAACAUUGUAGGUUUAUCUGUUGCGAGACCUGGCGGCCAAGCAGCCUGGUCAUUAUAGCUGGCACUCUUUUAUAUAGCAGACAAUGAACAGAGUUGAGGGUAGCGGGCAUUUCUGGAUUUUUUUCUAGUUUUAAAGGUGCCUCUAGUUUUGAAGAUGCUGUGAGACUCACACCAUAUCCCAGAGCAAGGAAAUAUCGUCUUCCGUAUUUGUGCUAUCCGGCCCUCCACGGGAGGACAGAUAGGGCAGAGGUGACUUGAGGUCAGUAUCGUCAUGGGCGAAGUCUUGUGACAACUCACUCGAUUAUGGCUUUCGGGACCAAACGAUCCGCUAGAUAGAUCCCCGAUUUUUGGACAAAUGAACAGGUUUGGUGGCUUUCUUGCCACGACGCACGUUCGUCUGACCACCCAAACGGUGGCCAUUUCUAGGCUCAAUGUUCGAUAAGUGAAAGAGGAUCUCCUGAUCGGCCACCAGGAGGACUGCAAAGAACAAACCCUCUUAUGGUGGUGGAGAUUCGAUUGCCAUAAACUCUGCGCAGGGUCUCUCCUGUGUAAUACGAAGUAUUCACAUUUCCUUUAAACAGUCACUCAUCAUGCCCUUCUUAUCCUACAGGCACGCAGUCCAGCUGCGACAUGAACUCAAGGAUACACGUGCGACGGUCGUUACUCCUGAGGAGGAAGACUUCCCUGAGCUUAUUGGCCGGUGGAGCGAUACCUGCGAGAAAGAAGCUGGCGCGGUCGUGAUGGUCACCUCGUCCCACGAGGUCGCGCUAGUCGUCGCCUUCGCGAGCCGCCACUACAUCCCUAUUGUGGUCCAGGGAGGCGGCUACAACACAAGCGGUGCGUCCUCGACCCACGGGGGAAUCGUCAUCAACCUAUCCGCGAUGCACGAUGUCUUGGUCGAUCCAGCAUCGGCAACGGUAGCUGUCCAGGGAGGUGCAACCUGGGCAGAGGUCGACCAGGCGGCCGAGCGCGAGGGGCUAGCCGUUGUCGGCUGCACAACGAGCGCUGCGGGCGUCGGAGGCACGACGCUGGGCGGCGGCUUCGGCUGGCUCACUGGGCGCUACGGUCUGGUCAUCGACAAUCUGGUCAGUGUUAAGAUGGUGCUGGCUGACGGCCGCGUCGUGACUGCAUCCGUGGCCGAGCAUCCGGACCUCUUCUGGGCGGUACGGGGCGCCGGCCAGAGUUUUGGUGUGGCCACUGAGUUCGUCCUGCUCGCGCACCGCCAACGCUCACCCGUCUUCGGCGGCCUGCUUUACUUUCCCGCUGACCAGCUGCCUGCCGUGAUCGAAUUUGCGAACCAGUUCGAUGAGCGGGCAACGGGCGACGAGGGUUUAUUUUUCGGUUUCACCACGCGGCCGCCCGACCUGCUGUCAACGGUAAUUGUCGCUUUGCUGUUUUACAACGGUCCGCGCGUCGCUGCCGAGGCCUUCUUUGCGCCGCUGCUGGCCCUGGGCCCGAUCCAGAACGAGACGUGCGAGAUGCCGUACCCGAGGAUGAACACCAUUCUUGGGCCACUGGCCGCCCGCGGGGCCCGCAAGCGCCUGGGCGGCACAACGGUCAGGCUGCCACUCGAUCCCCAGAUCGUGCAUGAGGUCUACGAAGAAUUUGACCGAAUCAUGCGAUCCUACCCGCGCGUCGAAGGCAGCGUGGUGGUCUUUGAGUUGCUGCCGUACGCGCGCGUAAGCCAAGUGCCACUCGACGCGACGGCGUAUGCCAACCGGGGUCCAUACCACAACGUGGCGAUCAUCCUCCGUUGGCAUGACCCGGAACUGGACGCCAAGAUGGCAAACCUGGAGCGGGCACUACUGCGCAAGAUCCGAGAGCGCAGCGGAGUCGCCAGCAUUGCAGGACACGGGGUGGGCAUCUAUGCUAACUACGCUGGACACGAAGCUAAUGCCCAAGAACUGUUUGGAGACAAUCUGCCGCGCCUACAGAAGCUGAAGAAGCAGUACGAUCCGAAAAACAUGUUUCAAAAGUGGCACAACCUCCUCACUCCCACAAGCCCACGGUGAUCUGUUGAUCUGUUGAUCUGUUGAUCUGUUCUGUGACUCUUUAUUCCUGGUUUCUGGAGACUCCAAGCCUCCACGAUAAGUAGCCUAUCCUCCCAUAGACCCAUUGUCCCCUUACGCACAUCACGUGUUGCAUGGGAGGGUCAAAUAUCUUAAGUACACACCUUGAUCUAAUUUUGCAGAUGUGUGAGGAUCACCGUUAUUUGGUCUCUGGCUUCGACAACUCGAUCCUUCAACGAUAAAAAUCAGCUCACGGGUUGCACACAUUCCAAGCCGGACCUUGAUUUUCUCCCCACCUCAGCAGGAUUUGGAAUUAACAACGCCAUUUUAUAGUAUUAUGGCUAUUAGUGCUCUGGAACCUUGUUUUGUCUUAUUCCACCACCUCUCAACUAAUCGGCGUUUAGCUAUCUGCCUCAGGGGGUACUCCAAUACUUAGUGGCAUCGGAGAUUGAGCCACUCGAGAGGUGUUUGGAAUCCUGAUAUAGCAAUAUCGAAUGAAGUUCAACUGUGAACAACCGCCCUCAAUGUUGCCCUCUCUGCGGGGGUUUAUCCUAGGAGCUUCAAAUGGCCAAAUACAGUCAGCGUUCAAAAGUAUUUUGAACACGCAACAUGCCCCACUUACUUUUAUGCUGAUUAAACCACCUAAUUCAUUCAAUAUUUCGAUAGCUAGUAUGCCAUCUUUUGUAUCUAAUGACCUCCUCCACACGAUGAGGUUUUCAUUUAGCUAGAUUAACAAAGUGGCGAAUACU